CAGGAAACGAUUUUGGGAUGCGUCGUUAGUACAAUACAAAUCACUUAAUGCUUCAACAUACCAUCCAGAGAUUUUGACAGCACGAGGUGCGCCGAACACAAUUGAACCUUGCUGUAUACCUCGCUAGAUCGAAGGAAUGGCCACGGAUGGGGAUCCAUCCCUAUUGGAGGAUGUCGUCAAACUGCUCGAGAAACUACCUUCAAUUAUUGAAGAUGUGCGUCACAGCGAGCUCUGGACCAUUGAUCUUGGGGGAGAUGAUGAUAAAAAUACAGAAAUUGUCGUCCGGAAGUUUCUUGAACAGCAUUCGAUUCUACCCCUGCUUCAAUGGCGGCGUGAUGCUAUCCCAAGAUCAUAUCUCAAAAAAGCAACAGAGAUACUUACCCAAUCAGGUCUGCAGUAUAUAAUGCGUGUAGGCGACAAACACGUCAUGUGGGUAAUGGUCGAUGAGAAUACCAUUCGGAGCCUUUCCCUACUAUACGAAGAGUUUUUGCGUAAUAGGGGGCUCACUAGAGUGGGAAUCGCUGCCCUAGAGAACCUUACAUCUGUGCUCUUGACGGCACGUGAUGAACAGGAUAGUGAUGCGCAUCUGAAGGCCACCUGUGUUGUCCAGUUCAGACCUUCCUAUACGCCAGAUAUCCGUUCGAGAGGGAGAUCUCUUCGUGAGAAUAUUCGUGACAAUUUUGCCAAACACGUGCUCCGUAUUCAACGAUACUACCCGGGUCUUAUUGGUGCCAUCUACGUCGUAAGGCCAUCUUACGACUACCUUGCUAAUAUGGACAUCCCUGAAAACCUUCUCAGAAACACUACUAUCCUUCAACGUGCAAGAGAUUUGGCUGGCCAUCUCGGGGCUGACAUACCGCCUGAAUAUGGCGGGACAGGUAUGACACUCUCCGAGUGUGACUGCCUGAAAAACAUGUACGGUGAACCCAUUGAUGAGCCAGCCAUCCAAGAAGCACUUCAAAAGCAUCCGCUCAGUAUGAAAUCAGGAAGUGGCUUAGAUGAAAAAAAUGAAGAAACGGCAUCGUUCCCCGUCCAAGAAACUACCCACGACACCAAGGCGGCGAAGCCAGAGCCGGAGCCAGCAUUGGAUAAAUCGGCACUUUUCCCAGAGAGGCUCGGUCCCCGUCACGUUCGGGUUGAUUCAAAUACAAUUGUGAAAUACGGUCCCGGGGUUCGGCUAGCAGAAGCCGAAGCCAUGCAUCUCGUGUCCACCCAUACCAGCAUACCGAUCCCAAAGCUGUUUAGCGCCUAUAGUCUUUAUGGCACAUGCUAUAUUAUCAUGUCGGAUGAGAAAGGCGAACCUUUUAGCAAGUAUUGGGACAGAAACUCAGAGCGCAAACGACAGAACAUCCUCGGACAAUUGCAAGACUACGUUGCGCAAAUGCGAUCGAUGAAAGGAGAUUUCAUCGGCGGCAUUAACUUGUCUCCUUGCAAAGGUAGCAUUUUCAUUGCAAGUUCAUUCGAGUACGACGACGAGGACUAUUCUUAUGGACCGUAUGCCUCUGAGGAGCAGUUUACCGAGGGUAUCGUCCAAGCGUUACAAGACCGCCUGCCCUCUCACCUACUUGACGAACCGGCCGAUCCCGACUCCAACUUCUGGAACACUGAGUAUACCAUAUAUCAGACAGUUCGGCAGCUGCCAACGAUGGGCCACACCAUCGUGUUCACGCAUGGUGACCUUCAUCCUGGAAACAUGCUCGUCCGCUCCGAUGGGACUGUAGUAAUAUUGCACUGGGACCACGCAGGAUACUGGCCAGACUAUUGGGAGUACUACCGCGCCAUGUCCGCUCGAACCUGGCGCAGAUCGUGGGAUAGAAUGGUCGAGGAAUUUGUGCCGCCAUUCUAUAUCGAGUAUGCCAUAUUGAGGAGGGUUUUUAUAACUAUAUGGAAGUAG